CCCCGGUCAGGCGUCAAUCCGCUGACGUAAGCAACAAGGCAGGCAUCUGCCUGGAGUAAACUGCGCUACUCUGUUCCUCCCACCGUCAUGUCCUCCUCGUCCACCACUGCCUGUUCACGCUCGCCGUCUCCCUCGCCGGCGACACCAGAGUCGACAGACAGCCCUGACACCGUGUUUAACCAGGACGAUCUAUCGACGUGGUGCAAGUCUAUCUCCCCUUCGGGAUAUCUCGUAGACGACGAAGCGCGGCUAUCUGACGCGAGUAAGGUGGAACAGCCACCGUUAUUCGAGCUGGAGGAUCUACUGCAAAACGGUGCAUUUCAGGAUGCAAGCCCACCUGGACUGGACGGCAGUCUUGUGUUAGAUCCUCGGAUUCUGUCCAAGCUGGCUGUUCCACAUGGGAAUGAAACAGCCAACGUAUUCGUGGUGCCUCACAAUUCGAUCAACGAUACACAGCCCGUUCCCCCACCACUUUCUCAGCCACGCCCAGACCCCGUUCUCACGUCGCAGCGCAUUGUAUACCCUCCGAAACAACUUUGCUACAAUCUGCCUAUCAUGAUCCCGAGCAUCCCCGAGGGUGGCACCAAAUCCAGAGUGGAGACGCAAGUCCGCCUGACCGUCGAUCUAGCCCACGCGAGUUCUUCUACUGGGGAGCCCCUGAAAUACGAUCGAGUGGGGACCUGGAGGUGGCUUAGACUGCCAAGAGGAACAUCAACCAAAAAGAGAACGCGUAAGGAGGGCAAAGUUGACGCUCCUCCGGAAGACACGUUGUUCCUCACUGCGGAAGUGACGUGUUCCUCAGCUCCUCAUACGCGAGUGACAUGCUGUUCUAGUUGCCAGACCAGAGAAGCCAAGCGGGUCGCCAGGAAGAUCGCCGCACGUGUCAGACCAGCUCGUUCUGAUACAGAGUCUCAGGACGAGGCUCCCGUUAUUCCCGGCCGGGGAAAGCAUGAAGACAAGUCCAAUAUCGUUCAGUUCAACUGUCCUGAGGUUCUCGACUUCUCCUAUGGUUCAGUCGUACUCCCACUUCGCAUUACCUGCUAUUGCCGACAUCAUAGAGAGAAGAUUGGAUUCAAUGUCCACUUCACAAUGCUCGACCACUCGGGCCGUGUAGUUGGUACAGGAAUCAGCAGACCAAUCAUGAUAACUGACGAUCACAAGACCACUGGUGCUAGUGCGCAGAGACUCGCGCAGGCUGCAGGUGUUGGAGAUGUGCAGCAAAGCCCUGAAUGGCCCCUCGGAGACUCCUCAGAGACUGGUCAGUCCAUGAAACGCAAGAAACCGCGCGUUGAAACGGGUUUGGAACGGACGAAGAAACGGACGAAACCCUACGACGUGCAGCGGAGCUUCGGCAGAGCUGUGCGAAGAGGCAGCACUGCUAGCCUGGACUCGCCGUCGUAUGUUACCUCUGCUGCUGCGACCCGAGCUUCAUCGCCUCUGCAGAGUAUCAUGCAGAGCCCGAUGUCGCCGUUCACGGUUGAGCCCGAGACGCCUCAUAUGCUUGAUUCUACCAGCGUUCAAGAGACUUCCGACAGUCUUGCGUCCGCGUUCGAUUUUUCGUCCCCCAUUGGCGUCCAUUCUCCUAUAUUUGACCCCGAUAUUGUUAUGACCCAGCAAUUCGACGCGGACACGCUUUCAUCUUUCCAGCAACUGGCUGUUCCAUUCGGCCCUAGCUCAUCUCCAUCAGCUGCAUCACUGACUUUGGACCCUGCUCAAACGUUGAAUGUGCCAUCUCAGGUUGCCUCGCUCAUGCUCUUCGAUCAGAACCCUCCGCCUCCUAUCUCGAAUCUUCCUGCUCCUAGAAUCCACCGCUUGAUACCGGCGUCUGGACCUACGUAUGGAGGUAUCGAGGUGACUGUGCUAGGUGCCAACUUUCACCCGUCGAUGCAAUUGAAUUGCGUCUUCGGAGGUACAGCUGCAAGCUCGACACAACGCUGGAGCGAGAACACGUUGGUGUGUAUGCUACCACCUCGGGCCACGCCGGGCGUGGUCACCGUGUGGUUCGAAGGUAUGCAGAAGGGUGAAGACGGUAUUCCGCCGUGCUUGUUCACGUACCAUGACGAGACCGACAGGGCAUUGAUGGAGCUUGCUCUUCAAGUUGUCGGAUUGAAGAUGACAGGGAAGAUCGAGGACGCUAGAAAUGUUGCUAUGCGCAUCGUCGGGAACACUGAUACUGAAGGCUCGAGCAGCGGAACUCCCACCAGCGGGAACAGUUCCAACCAACUCGCGAAUGCAGUUGAUGUACCACUUGAUCUUCGCCACCUGCUGCUCAGUCGCACUAGCAACGGCGAUUUUGAAAGUAUUCUAUUGGACUUCCUCUCCAUCCUUGACUUGGCGAUGGACGAAGUGCCAAAUCUGGAUUACUCUGCCAUCUCCCAUCAGACCUCAAGCGGCCAGACGCUCUUGCACUUGGCGACGAUGGCGAAGUUCCCGGCCUUGAUGAGGUCGUUGAUAGAUCACGAUAUCGACAUUGACGCGCGCGACAAGAACGGCUGCACUGCCUUGUUUUGCGCGGCCAUCGUGCAGUCCGUGGAAUGCGCAAAGGUGUUGGUGGACGCCGGGGCGGCGCUGGAUGUCGUAAACGCGUUGGGCAAGACGCCAGUUGAGGCUGCACCUGCCGGCUUUUUCGAAUUCGCAUCCUUGGAUGCUGAUCGUUGUGAUGGAGACGAUCGUCUCAUAAACCAGGACGAAGAGGAGGCAGCCUGGGGAGACGUGGAAGAAGAGUCUGAGUCAGACGUGGAAAGCAAGUCAUUGUCUAAGCGUCGCCUUGGCCGCAAGUUACCUAUGCGGAGACGCCGCUCGUCUCACCGUCUCGCCGAGGUGGACAGCAAGCAACGGCAGUCUCCCCGCUCGUCGGAGAAGAAGGCGCUCGAGGCCGGCCUUCCAGAUGAGAAGCAAGUGGCUUCGUUUAUGGAGACGCUUUCUCGCACAUUGGCGCAGUGGCAACAUCCACAGGACAUGAUCUCCAACAUGCCCAAUCUGCCUUUGCCUCACCUUCCCAACCUGCCUGGUAUCCCAGUUUGGAACGCACUUCCACAGAUGCCGGCCGUCUUCCCCGUCUUUAUUCCUAUUCCCGCCCUGUCUGCUCUCUGGGGUGACAAGCGCGCAGGCGAGAAAGAGUCUGUAGAAGACGACAAGAAUGCUCAGGCUCAACCGCGACUGGCAAUGUCGACUAUCCAGGACUGGAGAGCGUUCUGUGAGAAGUGGAUGACGCAAGUUGCUCUUACGCCGAGAGCAUCUGAAGAAUCCGACGCACCCCCUGCGUAUUCUCCUAGAAGCUCCGACGGGAUUGAUGUCCAACCUUCGUUGAAGGCCACGGAACCUAUCGCCUCGUCCAGUGCCGUUAGACAUCCUGACAAAGGUGUCUCUCGACAUUUAGUCCACGAAACUGUUCCAGUGCCUGAGCAACAGGUACAAUCAUACGGGUACAGGCCGGCGCACAAAGCUCGGAAGCAGCAGAAGAAACAUGAUCGUAUGCUUGUACUGUUCUGGAUUCCCAUUCUCAUGAUCGGUGUGGUGUGGGCGUUUUUCCAUUUCAUGCGUGUGGCUUUUCACGCGACGAGGGCUGUUCUCACAUUCAAGGCUGGAUUAAAGGUGUAAACGUGCGGUAACUCAGUUUUGUUCGAUCGUCUGCCAUAAACGCUGUCUGUCUGUUCUCAAACCGCAUAUCCCGUAUUCGUUGAUACAAUAAUUUGUCCUCUGUAGAAAUUGCCUGUACCCUGUAGACACCAGCAUUCGGACCGAUCGAAUUGAUCUAUUUAUUGACGAUGGAA